GCUGCUUCGAGCGCCGGCUGAUGGGAGCGCGCGCCGUCUGGAAGGGGCUGGACCGCUCCCUGCCGCUCAAGCCCAGCCCGCUGGUGUCCACGCUCAGCGAGAAAGACCUCCUGGUGUCGCCCGUGUCCACAACCAGCCGCAUCGAGAGCAAACGACGCGAGGCCCUGUGGGACCUCUUCCAGAGCGAGUGCGCCUUUCUCUACGACCACCUCAUGGUUCUCAAAAACGUGUUCAUGGAACCACUUAAGAAGAUACAAGUUGAGGGAUUUGCUAUGUUUGCUGAACCUGAGCUCCUGUUUGGGAAUUUAGACGAGCUAUGCUGUGUAACGUACGCAUUCUGUAAGGAGUUCAUAAGCUUGAUGUUGGAAAACGUUGGACCUAAUGGUGACCUGCCUGUUACCGACGUCUUGGUCAAGUUAUUUCAAAAGAGUUCGCAGGCUGAUUCAGUCUCACAAGCAUACCACUGUUAUGCACUGAAUUACAUCAAUGCUCUAAAUUAUCUAGAGACCCUAAGAAGGCAUGUGGAAUUCUGCGAAUUCGAAAAGUGGUGCAACAGGGAUCCGAGAUGCAAGAAGCUGCAGCUAACAGAUUUGCUAGUGGCUCCAGUACAGCACAUAAUGAAAGUUCCACUUAUCCUAAAGGAAGUAGAAACGAGGACUGAAGAACCAGCAGAGAGAGAACUGAUAGCUCAAAUUCUAGAAGUUGAGGAAAACUCCAUCAGGGAGCUAGACGACAAGAUGAAAUGGUUGAAAAAUUUUGAAAGACUUUUGGAAAUACAGAGAAACAUAGUGUGGCCAUCAGUUUUUGAGCUGGACUCUAAAGUCUAUGUUCCAGAAUUUCUGAAACCUGCACUUAUGAAGCAACCAUGUGACAGAAUUAUUGUUAGCCCUAGAAGGCAAAUCAUUAUCGAAGGUCCAUUGCAAGUUUGGGAUACAGGAAAGCCACAGGAGAUGUACGUCGUCUUAUUUGAUGACAUGCUUUUGAUUACACGGAAGAAGAAAGGAUUAUCAAAAAAGAAAUCAUCCAUUUCUGAGAACUGGGCAAGUUCAUGCAGCCGUGGGUCACCCUCCAAUGAACCUGCAGUGCGCUACAUUGUGUACAAACAACCACUCUCACUAGAUCGCUUCUUCAUUCAUGACGUGACAACCCUGGAAAGCGCCAGUUGUCGCUUGGAAAAUGCAUUUGUUUUAGUGAGCUUGAACAGAUUUCAACAAGUUGUUACCAUUCACACAUUUCAAGCCCCAUCUGAUCAAGUAAAGCAAACGUGGCUGCUGAAGCUUAGAGACACCCAGGACAAGUGGAAACGGACACUUCAACAUACAGUCUUUCGUUCACCCCGUCUGUCCACCUGCAGUGCAAAGUCUUCCACCUGACUACCUUCUGAUAUUGGGUUGUCUUCAAGCAUGAUAUGAAACAUAAUGAAACGUUAUUUUUUGUAUAAUUCUUCUAGAUAAGUGUACUGAAUGUGAAAUAACUAUGUUAUGAAGAUAUCUAUUAUUUACAACAUAAUGAAGUACCAGGCAUGAAAAGAAAGUUGUUUUUACAGAAAGAAUAUAUUUUAUCUAAAAUUUAGGCAUAUAAUAUAUUUAAUUAAAAAUUAAUCACAUUGUAAGUGGGAAUAUAAGUUAACCAGAUGUGGAGUAAUUUUCAUAUACAUUUCUUACUUUUUUAACUUUUAAAUUCAUAUAUUAUGUUCCCACUGACAUAUUUUUAAUGAAAAUUUUGAUAUUUAAUAUUUGACUGGUGCUGUGGCACAACUAAAUACAAUCAUUAUGAGUAAUAGAACUUGCAAGAUUGUUAUUUUUGUUGUGGGAAAAAUAUUUUACUAAAAGUAAUUGCACACAGUAUUUAAUUGUAAAUGAACCAUGUUCUCAGAAAAUAUGACUUAUAUUUGGAUGAAAUUACUGAAACAACAGUAACAACCAAUUGAAAUGUAUCUUAAAUUGUGUUUUUCUUCAGUUGAUCUAUGCUGUUUUCCUCCAAAGAAUGGAACAUGCUUCAUAGCAUACUGUACAAGCAACAUGUCUCAGUUUGUAAGAAAUGACUGAUGAUCAACUUAAUACUUUUUUUUACCUUUUACGCGAUCUCAUGUAGUUUAUGGUGUUUGUGGUCAUGAUCAUGAGAAGAAACACUUGUGAUCUGUAAUAAAAGCAGUGCGUGAUGAAGUAUAUGGAAUGUGCUGGCUUUGUUGUCUAAGAGUAGUAAUAUGUGUGAUAUACAUUGUUCUCCAGAACUAUUAUGACACUUUGCAUAACAAUGAAUUCCAACUAGUUUCCCUUUGAUUCUUUAAAAGUUAUAAGAAUGUGAUGAAAAAUGGUGACUAAAAGCUGUCCAAACAAAUGAAUGUGAAUGUAGUAACAAUAAUCCAAGGGCUAUACUAAUAUCUCCAAAGGAAAUAUUCAGUAUGUGAAGAAAUUAUUUGUCUUCCAUGUUCUUCUUGGUUCACAGAAAUUAAAUAUUCUAUUGUUGUUACUUGAUGCAAUUACUGUAAAUGAAUUCACUUUAUUUGUAUAUACUGGAUUCAAUGCCAAACAAAACAGAAUUACUUGACUGACAAACUGCAAACUAUCUUCAACAAUAUAGUACUAUAUUUUGAUCCAUGUAGGUGUCUGCAUUAUGACUCAUUCAUGUGUUUGGAAUCUCAGUGAAUAUUCUUAAAUUGUUGCAUGUUAGUAAUAUUCUUUUGUCAGAAAUUAGUAAUGCAUUGUGUUUAUAUUGUUAAAUAAUCUGCAUGUAAUUGUUGUAUUUAAUUUUCUCUUGUUCAUGAAUAUCUACCAACAGGACCAUGUUUCCAUCACUCCCUAGAUUCUUAACACUGAAACAGUACAAGUGAAUCUGCUCUAGUGUGAUCCAUAAAUUUGUUUCAGUGAUUGCAAGUGUGAAAUGUGAACUAUAUCCACAAACGUUUAAAAAUGGAUAUGUAAGUAUUGUUCUGUAAUGAUAAAUUUGUAUCUUAAUUAAUUUAUAGACACUGAGCCACUUGCUUAAGGGAUAAUACUUUUUCUCAUGUUUUCUACGUUUUAUGAUAGAAAUAUUACUUUCUGAACUAAAGGUGUUUCUCAUAAUAAGUGUGAGCAGCUGCCAUAUGAUGAAAGCUAAUGAAGAUUCACGUCACUGUAAAUAACUACCAGCUGAGAAACUAAAGAUAUAAUAUAUCCUGGAAGCUGAGAUCUUCCAUAAUGACCCUUCUAGGUAAUUACUGUGAGUUAUUUUGGGUACUGUAUUCUGCAGUUUUGGGGAUCUCAUAAUUAUUUCGUUUUCUUAAUAUACAAUGAUCAAGGAAUUCUAUAUUUCACAGUGUAGUCAAAUCUAUUCUUGUGAAUGUAAUUUCAUUUCGCAGGAGUAUUGUGAUUUCCUUCACACUAGGAUUUGAAUUCAGUUACUGCAUGAGAAUACUUACAUACUCUGUAGUCAAAAUUUCCACCUCAGUAUCCUAAAGAUAAAAGAUAAGUUUGACCAUUUAAAUGAUUCAGUACAUUUAAUAAGUUCAGAGAAUUCCACCGUCUUCUGCAAGAUAAUCAUCUUUGAUGUAUCUCUGUUGCUGAAAUCAAAGCUGGAAGUACAUAUCGAAACAAUAUUAUUUCUGAUUUGUUUGCUAAUACUAGGCUUAGCACCAAAAAAUCUGGAAAACUGUGUCACUCACAGGAACAUUAACAGUCCAUAGAUAUGAGAAGUCAAUGAUAAUAAUUAGCAGUCAAAACUGAUAUCCUUAAAUAAUAAAAAUUUAGCUACAAAAGAUAUGCCAUUCUCUGAGACUGUGUGUAUUGGACCUCAGAGAAUUGUAACAUGUGUUUCAUCAUUCAGGUAAGUCCAUGAAAAACUAAUAUUUUAACUAAGAAAUGUGUGGGAAAUGCAGGUAAUAAAUAAUCAUGUGUCUUCAUUUAUGAAGGACUGACUGAGGCAAUUUGGUUUCUAUAGUUUACCACAUUUAUAAGAGACAAAAUCCAAAUACUCCCAGCAAUAUUUAGAUACAUUACAGAAAUCUGGCUGAUGAUGCAAAUGAGUGGAGUUUCGAAUGAACUGGCAACAAACUGAAUUUCAUAUUUGCCAUGCAUAAAUAUCAUAAAGAGAUUAUGCAAGAAGAAAAAACAAAGUACCUACCAGCAUAGUAAAUUAAAAUUUAUUUGGUGUAGGCAUAUUAUAAAGAUGAUGUGGUAAUCAUUGUAAAUAGAGGAUACUUAUGGUAUGGAUUAGAAAAGGUGAGUGCUAAGUGCAUCAAACAAGUAGAGAAAAGCUGUAUAAUACUAGAAUAUGUCCAUUUCAAAAUAAGAUAAAAAUUAUUUACAGAUAACAGGAAAUGAAACAAUUUUUUUCCAAAUUGUAAUUCAGUAAUCUAUUGAACGAAAACAUAUAGCCCUCAUUGAUGAACACAUACUAAUGAGUUUUUCGUAUUGAGUCCAACACAAAAAAUUAAUACACUAUUUUCUUGCAUUAAGGUAGAUUCCCCUGUAUAGUCGCAACUUCUUUGAAGUGUACAAAUCUUCAGGUAUUUGGAAACACUAUCAUUACACACAAAUCUUCUGUAAUGUUUAUGUUUCCAACAAUUUGAAAAAUUCACAUUCAGUCAGCCUACAUGCUCAGUCAUACUACAUAUGUCUAUUCAAGCAGUUUUCAUGAUUGAGUUUGUUUUAAUUGUUAUGUCCCUGCUCCCUGCUUCUCCAGUUUUACAAGAUGGAUGAGUGAUCAGAAAUUGAUCACAUUUAUACGAUAAAGCCAGAUUUCAAUGACAAAGCUGGAACAUACAGAAUUUGAAACUGAAAGUUAAGUGCAUAGCAUUACUUCUGGUGCACAGUGUUAAGUAAUAAGUGUUUUGUCAAUUAAGUAAAGGAUAUGAAUUCGAGCCCACACUUGGGACACAGCUUUCAUCAGUCAGAUCGUUUUAUUAUGAUGCACACACUGUUACAAAGUAAAAUAUUUGUUUCAGUAUGUUGAUUUCAGCAAAUGUUUCACUAAAACCUAAUACUGAUCUGCAUAUAAACUGUAUUGGUCUUUUGGUGUUCCAUGCAAGACAAAGUAAUUUCCAAUAGUUAAGACGGGCUUUAAAUGUGCUACAUGUUUUCAUUUCAUAAUACAUUGCCACCCUGUAACAAAAUCAGCCUUCACAUAAACACUAAGUUUGGUAUCAUACUACAUCUCUUCUUUCUUCCCUUUGAUUUUCUUCUGUUGGAGAGGUCCCUAAAAUAAAAUUUAGUUAAUUAUUUAGAAGCCAGUGUUCUAGUCUCCAAUGUUGCCAGCUUCUGCUACCAACAUGUUCUAAUUGUUUUUUCACUGAAUCAAAAUGCAAAAUAUGAAUUACGUAGCAAAGAACAAAAGUAUUAUUAAUGUUUAUCCAUUUUCCAACCCUGAGAUUAGAUACACACAAUAUCAUUAAUAUAAUAAGUACAUAUGUAAAACUGUGAGAAAUGAUAGUUACAGAACUGUGGUUAUUGUUCCUAACAUCCAGGCAAUUUGUAAUAAUCAGUUAUCUUAGUAACUAAUGUAUUUUUGCUUUAGGAAAACAAAACUUUCACUACUUACUCCUAACCAGAACUGAUAUUUCACAUAUCUGUUUUUAUUUGUUGAAGCCUGAUGCAAAUCAUUCAGUCAAUUUAGAAAAAUGCAUUCUAGCAUUUUCUUGAAUUUCUUGCUAAAAUAUGGUAAAAUUUAAAAAAAUAGAUCUUUCAAUAUUUCCAACCCAGAUUUUAAAAAUUAUAAUUUAUGAGUGACCUGAAUUUUAAGUAUGAUUGUAAAAUGUUCUUAUACUUAAAGUAAUGAUCACUUUAUGCAAUGUACAUAUGGCAUUUUAUCCCAGAAACAUUUCUCUAAAAAAGAUAUUUAAUCAAUAUAUGAUAUAGUUUAAUGUGUCAGUCGUUUUUGUUUUGUAUACAAACACUUUAAAUCCAGUGUUAAUAUAUUUAUAGUAUGUAGAAAAGAGGUUUCAUGCAUGGUGAAUGUUACAACUACUUACAAUUGGUCAUUGUGGAGCUCUGUCAUAUGAUAUACGAAAUUAGAUGUUCAGGUUUUUCAUCUGAUACUCCAAAAAUGCCAUAUUACUUUCGCAAGGAAUAUCUCUAAAUAAUCAUGUGUUUAAAGGCGUGUGAUGUACUGUGAGUCAAGUGAAACGACUAUAUUUUUGACAUUUUGUCAAAUACAAUGUAAAGAACGUUUACAGCUCUCUGAUAUGUUCAUGAGCUGCCUUUAUUACCACUACUGGAACCAAAAUCAGUGUGUGGUAAUUUUAAAAAACUUUAACAGAGUCUCAGAGUAUAGGAGAUUUUGUUCCCGUCUAUGUGUAUAAACUGCUAAAUAUAAGAUAUACAAAGUAAAGAUUAUCUGUACUUAGAUACAUAACUAUCCUAAACUGAUACUUGUUAUCCUUUAUGCUAAUGGAUCUCAGAACAUAAACCAUGAGCCCUUUAUGUUUCUGCUCCUUAUAAUUAAACUACAUGAAUGUUGUGGAGAUUGGUUUAAAUAAGUUAAAUUUAUAUCUACUGAUUAAGAAGCAACAGUGAUUAUAAUUUAUUAAUCUUAAAUCCAGUACAACACAGCCUAUGCCAAUUGGAAAUAAUGCUUACCGUAAAUAUGACAUCAACAAAUACGAAGGAGAAAAUUGUUUUAUUUUCUGCUGUAUAUAAGUGAAAUAGUUCAUGCAAUAUUAGUCUUGCACAAAUUAUGAAUUAUUACUCCAUUAAUGGAAUUAGUACCAAUAUAUGUAUCUUGACAAUCAACUAAAAUAUAUUUAGAAAUCCCUGAAUUAUAUUUCUUCUAAUUAUAAAACAAAGUAUUAUGGUCAAGAUUACUUAAUUGUCACACAUUUGAACUUUUA